AAGGUGUAAAUCUCCCUCCCCGUCACUGUUCUACUUUCUCUCUUCUCGUCGUUUCACGCUCGUUCACGCCUCUAACGGCAACCCACCGGUCUUUAACAGCAUGACCGUGGCAGCAGGCUCAGUGGCGUAGUGCGGGUACGACUCUUUACUGUUAACGUUGAAGGUGUUUAAUGCGGAAGAAAAGCAGUUGAAAACGAGAAAGUAAACCCCAAAUAUAUCCUUAAGAGACAAAAUGCUCCAACACCAAAUCGUUCAAUCUCCUGCUAGGCUGGGCCUCACGAACCCUAACUCCCCCUCAAUCCCAAACCCCACCCCUCCAAAACUCCCUCCUCCGCAGACCCACCAAUCCCAAGACCGAAACAACAGUUCAACUUCAGUCCCUUCUUCCGCACUCCUCUCUCUUCUCCCACCACUCCCCAGAGCCCAAGCACUCCUUCUCCAAAUGGCUUCCCUCACUUCCAAACUCUUCGAUGUUUCCCCCAAUCGCUCGCUUUGGCUCACUGCAUUCCGUGGUUCCCUCCCAACCUUCGUCUCUUCCCAAACCCAAGCCUCACUUGACGCUUCCCCUUCCUCUGCCAAAGAAAUCAUUUCCCUCUUCAACCUCCUCCAAACCCAAAUCUUCGAAGCUGUGGCUGAACUCCAAGAGAUUCUCGAUCUCCAAGACGCCAAACAGAAAAUUGACCGUGAGAUUCGCUCUCUGGAUUCCACGCUCCUCGCAUUUUCCAACAAACUCAAAGUUGCCGAGCGCUGCCUCGACAUCCUCGUCGACGACUACUCUGAUUAUCGCCGCUCCAAGCGGUUGAAAUCCGGUGACGACUGCGAAGACGAGUCCAUGACUUCUUCAACCGUCUCGUCGCGGUUAAAGCUGUCGGAUAUUUUGUCCUACGCUCACCGGAUAAGUUACACGACCUUUGCCCCGCCGGAAUUUGGAGCUGGACAAGCUCCUCUCCGAGGCGCCCUGCCACCGGCACCCCAGGAAGAGCAGAUGAGAGCCUCGCAGUUGUAUAGCUUUGCGGACCUUGAUGUUGGAUUGCCUAAAGAAGUGGAAUCUAAGGAGAAGGUUGUUGAAGCUAUUGUCGAGCCUCCGCCUCUGCAGCCGCCAGUGGAUGCCAAUCCACUUGCAAAUUUGUCCGCGAUUCAAGGGCUGCUACCUCCGAAUUUCACAGUGCCCGCUGGUUGGAAGCCGGGAAUGCCUGUGCAAUUGCCUAUUGAUUUGCCAAUUAAGCCUCCACCUGGGUGGAAACCGGGGGAUCCUGUGCCGUUGCCUCCCAUGGACUCGCUUCAGGUUCCGAGAUUUGCAGAGCAACAAUCGCAGCCUCACAUUCCGCAGCCCAAGCAACCAGAGGUUAUUCAAGUGCAGCCUGUUAAUUUGGACCUUGGAGGAAGUGAUAGUAGUGAUUAUAGUAGCGACGAUGCCAGCUCUGAUGAUGAAGAUUGAGGAGUCUGUGAAAUUGAUCAUCUCAAAUUGAUAACUGCACAGGACAUAAUUCUAUGGUGAGGGCUCUUACGGUUUCUUCUGCAGCCUCUGGAGAGCAUGACAGAUAUCCAUGCUUUAUAAUUGUGAAAAAAUCUAAUGCGACUGCAUUUAUACAAGCGAAAGGUUGUGUUUUUCAAGCUACAAUGAUGUUCAAUGUAGACAAUAUAUGCUACUGUUACUAUGAAAAAUAAUAUAUAUCUUAUAUCUUCCUAGUUU